AUAAUAACACUAUCAGAUUUGGAAUGUGACUAUAUUAAUGCAAGAUCUUGCUGUUCAAAACUAAAUAAAUGGGUGGUCCCAGAAUUGAUUGGCCAUACUAUUGUCACUGUAUUAAUGCUUAUUUCAUUGCACUGGUUCAUCUUCCUCCUUAAUUUGCCGGUAGCAACCUGGAAUAUAUAUAGGUUCAUUAUGGUGCCAAGCGGGAACCUGGGGGUGUUUGACCCCACAGAGAUCCAUAAUCGGGGGCAAUUGAAAUCACACAUGAAGGAAGCCAUGAUUAAGCUAGGCUUUCACCUGCUUUGUUUCUUCAUGUACCUUUACAGUAUGAUCUUGGCUUUGAUAAAUGACUGAAGUUGAAAAGGAACUGGUUAGUUGCCAAAUUUUGAACCAUCCGAAUCACUCCAGUGAACAGUUGUGGAGCCAGAGACACUUUCGAACAUACCUGGACCGGUGUCAUCAUGCAGUAUAUUUUUUCCUCUUUGAACAAGAAAUAUUUUUGCUGUAUUUUUAACAUAAAAUAUUUUAAAAACCAUGA